UGUCUCACGGCAGUGCGACGCUACUCGCAGCCGGGCCGCCACUCCCUGUGUCCAGGGGGUGGAAGCGGCACUCUCCUAACGCUGCCAGCAGCUACUGACGCAGCACAGACCCCGCCGCCCGCCUGGAGCUGGCGCUUGCAGGAGCUGCAGGCAGCGCCGGAAGUGCGAAAGCGGUAGUCUUCUAGACUCUGAGCCCCACAAGACGCCCACUAAGCCCCCGUCGUCGGAUGAAAGCAGCAAGACAUCUGAUCAAGAGAUCACGGCGAAGAACGGUUUGAGCUAGGUAUACCUGAAAUUUUUCGUGUAGCUUUUUAGGAUAACUAGCUACAUGUACGCCUGACCACGUCUUGCGUAACAGGCUUCGCAAAAGAACACUGUUAAGCUGAGACGCAUCUGGCGCACAUAUAGCUAGGCCUGCGGUGCCGACACCCGAGACUCUCGUCUCUGGCUUUCUUUGUCAGUUAAUGGUAAAUACGCGGUGUCAAGCGAAAUAUACUUGCGAAAUGAGGAUCUGAGCCGCCUCAACACACUCGCGACUACGAUUUCAGAGAAAAUGUCGUGAUUUUUAUUUGAAAUGUUGCACUUUCUCUCAGGUGUUAACCUUGCCCUCGGUACCAAGUCUCACUUAUUUCUAUCACAAUUUUCGAUUAAUGUAUGAAAUGAUGUUUGCACACCUGGUUUUAGUAAUGAACAAUUUUAUAUCUUUCAUUUCAUCACUGCACUUCUGAAAGUCAUUUAGUCAAUGAACACCACUUUUGGUUCAUAUGUUUUGGAACUGUCGAUUUGAUUUGCUUUGUUUUCUCGUGUUACUUCAAUACAUUCUAAAUGUUUUAUUACUUUUGCCCGGUUUUUUUAGGUCUAUUUGUGAGUAACUGAUUAUAUACAAUGAGUAUGGAUCCAUUGUCACCAUGGGACAACACAAUUCCUCAAAUUCUGCUGUAUUCUUCCCCAUUAAAUUCUGAUUUUAAGUAUAUUCCCACCAUAGGGCUUACGAAUUUAUCAAACACUUGUUUUUUGAAUUCUUUCCUUCAGGUAUUGAAAUUUAAUUCUUAUGUUCACAUUUAUAUUAAAAACAUGGUAAUUCUUUUUAAUACUGUGUUAAUUUUUUAAUAUGAUCAGCAGGCUUUGUUUCACCUUCCUAAAUUUACAAACUGGGUUGUAUCAGACUCACUCCACUUCUCACGUUGUGAACACUGCAUGCUAUGUACUCUUUCCUAUACGCUUCAAAAUAUGCUUGUCUGCCAAACUUCAGCCACUGCCAUUUCACCUGUAGAGUUGUGUAGAUUGCUUCGAGGUAUACUCUCUUCAGUUUUCCUAUACCUAUCUUUGUUUUUCUGAAAUGUGUGUACUGUGUGCCACAUUAAUUUAUCUCAUUUUGUGUAGUGGUAAUUGUUUGUCUGUAGGUUUGAAACUAAACUGGGGAUCGCAAGAAGAUGCAAAUGAUUUUAUUGUAUCUCUUCUGCAAAAAAUACAAGAAGAUUUCUUGGAUCGGAACGGAGAGCUGAAGUAAGUAAAAUUAUGUAGUAGUAUAAUCAAACUUGCCCUGGUCUCUUCUUUUCCUUUGUAGAAGUGUUUUAGAUUACUGCAGCAAGAAGACUACCCCUAUAGACUGCAUUUUUGGUUUCUGGGUCCAGACUGAAGGUGAGCGUGGAGUAACUUUGCUAUGUAACUGUUACACAAAUAUAAGAAGUUUAUAUGUUUUUAAAAUUCCUUUACUAUUCCAUCCAAGUUGAAUGUAGUGUGGACUACUGCAAGAAUGUUUCAAAGACAUAUAUGCAGAUGCAGGAGCUACAGGUUGACCUCUCUGAAACCAUACAACAGGGUCUUGACAAUUUUUUCCUGGAGGAGAAACUCAUUGUGAAGCGUGUAAUCGGAUAAAUGUGUGCUCACGCAGACUGAAAUUGUAUACAACCUGUUCAGAAGUACUUAUUGUUCAACUCAAAAGGUAAUGUGUUUCUUGAAAGUUCAUGUGAGAUUUUCCUUAUUUGGUUUCUCUUUUUAGAUUUGACAACAAUCUCCAGAAAGAUAUGAGGAGUGUCGAAAUCAACCAGAAAGUUUCUGUGGCAGGGAGGGCAUACAAUCUCUGCAGUGCAAUCGUGCACUAUGGAGGAACCCCUUCAGCUGGCCACUAUAAGGCCUAUGGCCAGUGCCCUGAUAAAAGUUGGGCUCUUUUCAAUGAUGACGAGGUUUCUCUUGAUAGAAAAUGCGACCUAUCUCUUGAGGAGGUAAAAAGCCAAUGUUGCAUUCUAAUGUAUGAAAAGGAUGAGCAGGAUGGUGCUAGUCACAUUUCACCUCUUCAAAGUGUACUACAGCCAGGGGUUGCCUCACUAAUUUCUAAACAGCCAGUAAGUGGAGCAAAAUGUUAAAAUUAUUUACCCCUUUGUUGUUGUUGCGGGGCAAACUCAAAGACGACGGGUUUAAGCGAUCAUGUUCUUGAAGAAAUCGCGGGACAGAAAUCGCCACCGGCAGGCCAAGCAGGC